GGCCGCGCGCGGUAUCCCGGCGGUGGGCGGAGCGCGGGCAGAGCUUCCGCGCGGGCGAUGGGGCUGCUGAGCAUCUUGAAGAAGAUGCGGCAAAAGGAGCGGGAGCUGCGGCUGCUGAUGCUGGGCCUGGACAACGCCGGCAAAACCACCAUCCUGAAAAAGUUCAAUGGGGACGAGAUCGACACCAUCUCGCCCACGCUGGGCUUCAACAUCAAGACCCUGGAGCACCGCGGGUUCAAGCUGAACAUCUGGGACGUCGGCGGCCAGAAAUCCCUGCGCUCCUACUGGCGCAACUAUUUUGAGAGCACUGAUGGGCUCAUCUGGGUGGUGGACAGCGCCGACCACCAGCGGCUGGAGGACUGCAAGAAGGAGUUGCAGACCCUCCUGGUGGAAGAGCGCUUGGCCGGGGCCACGCUUCUCAUCUUUGCCAAUAAGCAGGACCUGCCAGGUGCGUUAAGUCCCAGCGCCAUCCAGGAGGCCCUGGGCCUCGACAGCAUCCAGACCCACCAUUGGUGCAUCCGAGGUUGCAGUGCUUACACCGGGGAAAAUCUACUGGCGGGCAUCGAUUGGCUGUUGGAUGACAUCUCAAGCCGGAUAUUCACCGCAGAUUGAGAGGAUCUAAGAGUGUUUUUCAAUCUUGGCCGCUGGAAGAUGGGUGGACUUCAACUCCCAGAAUUCCCCAGACAGCUGUC